GGUGAAGAUUGUGCGCAUGCGUGUUUCGUGUUCCUUUCGCUUCCAGCGGACAGGUCUUUUUGGACGAAACGGUUAGAAAUUCUGAAUUGGCAGGAAAAUGUCUCGACAGACGAACCGAGGUACCGAGAACAAGAAAAUGAACUCGGAGCUUUUCACUCUGACCUAUGGAGCUCUGGUCACACAGUUAUGUAAAGAUUAUGAAAAUGAUGAAGAUGUCAAUAAGCAAUUGGAUAAAAUGGGAUACAAUAUUGGUGUUAGGCUAAUAGAAGACUUUUUAGCGCGUUCUAAUGUUGGAAGAUGUCACGAUUUCCGUGAAACUGCAGAUGUUAUUGCAAAGGUUGCAUUUAAAAUGUACCUGGGUAUAACUCCGAGUGUGACCAACUGGAGCCCAGCAGGAGAUGAAUUUUCAUUGAUUCUGGAAAAUAAUCCUCUUGUGGAUUUUGUGGAAUUGCCUGACAACCACUCCAGUUUGAUCUACUCGAAUCUGCUGUGUGGAUUGCUGAGAGGGGCAUUGGAAAUGGUUCAAAUGGCCGUCGACGUGAAGUUUGUCCAAGACACACUCAAGGGUGACAAUGUGACAGAAAUCCGAAUGAAAUUCCUUAAAAGGAUUGAAGAAAAUCUCCCAGCAGGAGAAGAGUAGCAUUUCAGUCUUUUCCUGGACAGUAAGAAGCUGAAGAUAGUCUGUUAAUGUAGAUUGUUGCAAAGUUACUUUAUUUGAAACAUUUGAUUGUUAAAGUGCAGGAAUGGAAAACAAUUUAUAGCCAUGAAUGGACCCCUUUGAGUGAAGUUGAAUACCUCUGCACUUUCACUUAUUUGAGCUCUGAGUUUGUGGUUUGUUUGUUUAAUUAUUUGCAUCUUCUUUUAAUUAUCAAAAUCAUUUGACCAUCAAUUAUUUUUUUUCCUUAUGGCCCUUUAUUUAUGAUCUAAAAGCUAGUGUUGAGCACUACCUCCACCUUCUCACCGCGCACUCCUCUGUUUUCUUUCUGAGGUUGUUACCUUCAAAGCUGCUCUGAAUGGCUGAACAGUCACAUCACUGAUGUAAUUCUGAUUAGGAUCAUUUCGCUUGUGUGAUUUAGUACAUUAACUUUAUUGGCACUGAAGUCAUGCUUGUAUGGCACCUAAUGUACUGUAGGAAAACUUAGAAAAUGGGAAAACAGAAAUUAUUGUAUUUGAUUUACAAAUACCUGCUAAAACAAAAACCUGUAGUUUCUGGCAGUUUUGGACAAAACCACUGAGAUGUUCAUUUUUUUCCCAACGUUUUCAGACGACUUCUGCAAUGAUCGAAGAUGCUAAGCUGCCUGCAUCCUUAUAAUUUGAUUCUAUUUGUGCACAAUUACUCAACAAUUGAUUUUGGUCUAUAUGCUUCAGCAUAAGUCUUCCUUCGAGCUGUUUGUGUGGACUGUGCAAUGAAUUGCUUUUGUGAUAUUACUCCGGAAAUCGAGCAUUAGAGAUGGCUUCACCUAGUCUUUCUGAAGUGGGUCAUGAAUUCCAGUGCAUUCUUGUGAUUUGAGCUUGAUGGGAUUAUAAUGAGGUCACAAAAUUAUAAUUCUAAGAACUAGCUGCAGAUUUGUAGGUGUUACGUAGGACUGAUCCAACACUGUACUGAAAAGCUACGGUGAAAUUGUAGGCGGGCAGACUUGAAAAUAUCUACUGCUUUGUUUUUAACUAUUUGAAUUGGUUAUGUUAGCAUUCCAACAAAUGGAUGCCUUAUGGGUUCUCAUUUUUAUCUACUUCCCAGUACUAGAUCUGUAAGCUUUAUUUUUACUUGCAUUAUUGGAGUUCUGAAAAGGCUUAAAUGCAUUGCUACAGCUUUGGUUUUAUCGUGAUGUAUUUAACUUGAAUUCUUUUUUGUUUCUCCUGACUUUGCUGGUUGGAGCAUUCACAAUAUAGUUUUCUGUACACAUUGGAAAAUAACACUGAUGUCCUAAUCUGUCCUCAGUGUUUCUAGCUAAGAAUCUCAUUUUCCAGCAGCUCUCUUGUCAGUAUGAUAGUGUUGAUUCUGGUAUUUUCUGAUGAGAAACAUAUGUAUGUUUACUUAUUCCUGGUAGUAACUGGUAAUCCAUUACUGCUGUACCAACAACAGAUGUCUGGCAGUACGGAAUUUUUUUUUUAAAAGAAAACACAUUAAAGGUUCUCUAAAGGAGGAAAAAGAAGAUAUAUUCUAUUUUCAAGUAAAAGAAGUUAAUCCUUUCCACUCUAGAAAUUAUUCUGCUUAAUAGCUAAACAUCCAGUUUAUGCCUUUCAGUUGCAGCUUUGCCUGAGUAUUAUUUUGAUGUGUUGAGGACUCUGGAGCUGUCUGGAAGAUAUAGAUAUGAUUUGGUAACAGUAAUUGAAACAUAUAUGGUGUUUGUUUCUUGUUGCAGCUUACUUUUUUUCAAAAUUCCAUUUGUACUAUUAUUUGAAUAAUAUUUUGCCCUUGUAAUUUAAAAUUCAGAGAAUGGUCAUUACGAUUCUUUGCCAUAUCAACAUUGAUUUCAUACUGGUUUUAGCUAGGCAUCUCCUGUUUAGCUGCAUUGUUGCAAAUUCUGAGUGCGCUAACAUUGAUCAAAAACUUGAGAUACUUUACCCUUGGGUAAGAAUGAAAGUUAUGAUUUUAUAUCUGUAGAAAUGUGAAUUCUUCCUUCUCAAAGUGGCUUUAAAGCUGGUAACAAUUCAAAUUAAAAGCAAGGAAAGGUAAGGGUGCCCAUGUGUAGGAGACAUAUCAAUGGAAGUGCUCACAUGAGUUUCAAAUACAGAAAAUUUAUGGGUUGCACCAUUAUAAGAUAAAGGUUGUAUUAAAGAACCUCGUUUAAAACCAAAAUUUCCAAUAUGAACUAAACUUGAAAGUGAAAUGUAGCAGUGACCCAGAUGAAAGGCAUAUAUGAUGGAUCAUAAUUUAUUUUUAAUUCAAGAACCCUGCAAAUAUUUAUAAAACAAACUCACACAAACUUACUGGUUUGUAUGUUAAAUUAUAAUUUCUGUUCGAUACAUAAUUUUAUUUUUGGAUCACCUCUCAUAUUCAAGACCAAAUCCUCGUUUGUCAUGGAAAUAAAGUCUGGCACCAAAUCAUCUCCUUUUAUAAUGUUUUCCUCUUAAUUCCAAUUAUAUUAAAUUUUUAUGUACAGUUUUUGCCUUUGUGUUUAUACUGAAGGAGAAGAAGAAAAUUGUUAUGGUGAGCUUGCAGCAAAAACCCUUGGCACUUGCUCCAGUUGUAUUGGAGCAACCUAAGAGUAGUCAUAGACUCAGAAAAGUACAGCGCAGAAACAGGCCAGCCAAGGAUCUGCACUGAGAAAAUUGUCCUGCUCAGAUUAAAAUGGUGUAUCCUGUUUACACAACAUGCAGACAAUUACAGGUGACCCUGGUGCGAUGGCGUUCAGUUAACAGGAAUACACGCUUACAAAAGUCAAAAAUGGCUUUUUAAAUGUGAGAAAUGGAAUAAAAUUAAUUCACAGAAUUUAUGUGGGUUUAGGGUGGGGAAAGAAAAAAAAAAGACGACUGAACAGAAUAUAGAUUUUUUCCAGUCAUGUUUGUUGCAUGCAUAGUUGACACAGCUUCAUGUUGUGAAAAAUUUCAAUAGGGACCAUUUUCACGAGAUGAUUUUUCUUUCAGCCACUGAAUUUUCCGUCCAUUGGCACCAGAUUAGUAGUUUCUGGGUUGGUGCCUGUGGAAGGAGAUAAGAAGAUUCUGUUUAUAAAGUUGACUCUUUCAGUUAAAUUGUUCAUUAAAAUAAAUGGCUAUGACCCAAUGUAUUUAAGAUGUAUUUUGGCCUGCCUCCCUUCCAAGUUUCGAGGCUUCUGGGAGGUGAAAUGAGGAGACAGGAGAAGAGGAAAAUAAUUUUGUUGUUUAAAUUGCUCUUGAAAUUUAAUACAAUAGUUGCAAACCAUGUUCUAAAUUCUAUAGGAGCUGGAUAAAUUUAACUAUUAGAAACCAUAGAAAAACUACAGCACAGAAACAGGCCUUUUGGCCCUUCUUGGCUGUGCCAAACUAUUUUCUGCCUAGUCCCACUGACCUGCACACGGACCAUAUCCCUCCAUACACCUCCCAUCCAUGUAUCUGUCCAAUUUAUUCUUAAAUGUUAAAAAAGAACCCGCAUUUACCACCUCAUCUGGCAGCUCAUUCCACACUCCCACCACUCUCUGUGUGAAGAAGUCCCCCCUAAUGUUCCCUUUAAACUUUUCCCCCUUCACCCUUAACCCAUGUCCUCUGGUUUUUUUCUCCCCUUGCUUCAGUGGAAAAAGCCUGCUUGCAUUCACUCUAUCUAUACCCCUCAUAAUUUUAUAUACCUCUAUCAGAUCUCCCCUCAUUCUUCUACGCUCCAGGGAAUAAAGUCCUAACCUAUUCAGCCUUUCUCUGUAACUGAGUUUUUCAAGUCCCAGCAACAUCCUUGUAAACCUUCUCUGCACUCUUUCAACCUUAUUAAUAUCCUUCCUGCAAUUUGGUGACCAAAACUGAGCACAAUACUCCAGAUUCGGCCUCACCAGUGCCUUAUACAACCUCAUCAUAACAUUCCAGCUCUUAUACUCAAUACUUUGAUUAAUAAAGUCCAAUGUACCAAAUGCCAAUUGUUGAAAGUAAAUCUUGCUCCUGCAUCAAUUUUCUUGUUCUUCAGUAAUUUUGUAUCUCCCCAAGUAGAAAGACCAUAUUAAAACCCAAUGCAAAUAUUAGAUUGGAUUUCUGUGCAUUCCAUACUGAACUAUAAAAUUUUCCAAAUAUUUAGGGAAAGUGAAAGUGCUUUCUUUUGUGAAUGUGGAUCAUAUUCGCCCAUCAGUUGAUUGGAAUAAGGAAGACAAAAGUAAAAGUUAAAAUGUUUCUGAAUAUAAUAGUGGAUUGAGUUAGAGUUAGGAGUUCUAUCACAAUUCUAAUUUCAUUAUGAAAUUUUGUAUCUCAGAAUUACAGUCUUUAUAAUACAGACUUGGCUUUCAUCCUUGUGGAAAACAGCCCAUUCAUAAACAUUCACUUAUCCGUGAAGAUGUUUUAAUUGCAAAGUAAGUAGAAAGAGCUUCACACAUUCUGCUUAUUUUAUCCCAUGGUCAUUAAAAGAAAUGGACUUGGUAAAUUGUAAAAUUUGAUUUAUAGUGUGACUCAGCCCACACUAUUUUGUUUGCAGCUGUGAUUGGCAGACCAGAUGCCUGUCUCCUCUUGUAUUUAAUUUUUGAAACAACAAAUGGUGCAGAAUAUUUCUGUGUUGAUUGACAACUAUAGACCCAAGCAGGGGAAGUUAGUUUCCAUGCCUACUACAACUCAAUCUUCCUGGUAAUUCAGUAAACACCACAUUUAAAUUCUGUGUGGAUGCUGGUUUGUUGCCACUAUUAUUACAGAUAAGAAAACAGCAUAGCAUAUCACUGUGCACGUCAGGUGGAAGUUAAAAAUUCUGUAAGCAAAUCUGUAAUUUUCUGUCACUGUUUACCUUCACAUUUAAUAAAAAAAUUUGUAAUUUAUAGAUAACUUACCAGGCUACAAGUUUCUUUUUCCACAGGCUGAAGAGUUAAUUUGUUAAACUUUCCUGUCAAUCUGAUCCACCUAUUGGCAAAUCUGCCUUUUCUGGGCAAAGCCUGUUUCAGUCAUUGACAAUAAGGCAUUUUGUGAUGUAAAUCUAAUGUGUGGAAGUGCUGGAGCCAAAACCACCUACAAAAUGUGUUGGAAAAAAUUUUUGACAGCAGGCAAAGUCAUGACUAGAUUAAUAACAACAAAUUAUUUCAAUGUCUCUGGCAUUAUGAAAAAUGUAUAAACUGAUAAAAUGUAAUACUCGUGACACCAAAGGCACUUGCAAAUUUUCACAGAUGUACUGUGGACAUCAUUCUAACUGUCUGCAUCACCGUUUGGUAGGUGGUACGACUAGCUGCAGAGAGUUGUAAACUUAGCUGCAUCAUGGACACUAGCCUCUGUAGUAUCCAGGACACCUUCAAGGAGCAAUGCCUCAAAAAGGUGGUAUCGGUUAUUAAAGGCCCUCAUCACUCAGCUCAUGCCUUGUUCUCAUUGCUGCCAUUGGGCAGAAGCUACAGAUGUUUGAAGGUACACGUUCAACAAUUCAGGAACAGCUUCUUCCCUUUUGCCAUCAGAUUUCCGAAUGGAUAUUGAACCCAUGGACGCUACCUCACUUUUAAAAUUUUUAAUUUCUUCACUAUUUUAAUUUAACUCUUAUAUUUUUUUGUAAUUCAUAUUUUUUUCUAUUAUGUAUUGCAUUGUAUUGCUGUUGCAAAGGACAAAUUUCAUGACAUAUACUGGUGAUAUUAAAGCUGAUUCAGAUUAUUAUAAUUAUAUUAAUGAUUAAACUCAAAAGU